GGGUUACAAAAUAUAACUUAUAUGUCCCGAGUGAAAUGACUAACGCAAGUGGUACGAAGACCAACUUAUAUGGGUAAAUUACAUCGCCGUCCUUGCUGUUGAUAGUUUGUUUGAAACCCUUCUUCACCAACUCGCACUUAGACCCAUCUUCCCCAUCAUCCAUCAACUGCGGAGCACAAAGAAUGUGAGUCUCAGAUUCCGGCAACCUUUCCCUGUAACCAAAUCUAUAACUUUGUUAGUCAACUACCUUCUCUCUAUCUCCAACUCGCUCUCUCAAUCCUUGUUGCAGCUAAAACCUUUUUGUUUUGGGAAGCGAACAGUAAAAGAGGCCUUCAGUUUUGGCCUUUUUUUGAGGCCUCCUUACGAGGGCCGGCGUUUCUAGGUCCUUGUAAAGAAAGAGGCUUCUCAAGACUCUGGUUUUUUUCGCUCUUCCUAGUUCAUCUUGUGCUCAAACGUGGACUCCCAUUUGAUUUUUGGAUGGUUCGUCUGCUCAACUCUUAAAAAAGUGUUUUUGGGUUUCUCUGAGGCCUCAACCCGUCGCUAUUUUAUUUUGUUUGACUUGAUUUUUGCAAUCUUGGGCCAGAUCCUCGUAGUCGCAAUUUUUCUAGGUGUGUUUUCCUCUCUUGCAGUUGUCACCUUGGGGUUUUCCUUCUCUCGUUCCUUUUUCAAGUCUUGACGGCGUUCUCUGGCUGGUCAGGCUCAGACUAGGAACAUAGAAUUUCUGGGCUCUUUUUUUUUAUCGGCUUCCCUUUCUAAUUUAUUCUUGGUGGGCGUAGUUUUAGCUUUAUAAAUUAGGGUUUCAUCAGGAGUCUGUUGAUGGGAUUUGGUGGGAUGAUGUAAAGGUUCUUGAAAUCUUACCAACAAUGGCUGUCAACCAUCGUUAUUUUGUGGAAUGGAAAGAGCAAUAUGUGUCUAAAGAGAAGGGCAACCGUGUGGUUCACUAUUUCUUGAAAGAUAAUUCAGGGGAAUCAAUUCUUUCUGUUGUGGGUACGGAGAGGAGUGUUAGGCACAUGUUCUAUGUUGUCUCCGAAGAGUUCCUUGGUGCCUAUGGAGCUGAUAGCUCGGUUCAGGCCAGCUUCAGAUGGAGAUCCAGGCGAGAGGUUGUGAAUUGGCUUACUUCCAUGUUGUCUAAACAACACAGAGGAGAUUCUGCAAUUUUGCAAAAAAAUAUCCCUACUGAGAAGGAAAAUAUGCAGCAGACCCAGGUGCCAUCUCAUAAGGGUCGUUUAGCUAAGAAUUUGAAAGGUCGUUCCUUAGGCAUUUCCUGGUCUGGCUCCGCAUGGGUUUGUGGUAAACAGUUGAAGCAUUAUCCGGCAUUUUGUCGCAAUGGGAUAUCGAUUGCAAUACAAUCCUUUGUCUUUGUAAUGGCUGAAAAAGAAAACCGCUACAUUGCGUAUUUGGAGGAUAUGUACGAAGACAGAAAGGGCCAGAAAAAGGUCAAAGUGAGAUGGUUUCACCACAACAGGGAAGUCAAGGGAGCUUUUACUCUACGCAACCCUCAUCCUAGAGAAGUCUUUAUCACUCCAUACAUACAAGUCAUUAGUGCUGAGUGCAUUGACGGCCCCGCCAUAGUAUUAACUCGCGAACACUAUGAGAAGUGUCUGUCAGUUUUUCCCCAGGAUCUACUCGGCAGAGUUCAUCUCUGUUUCAGACAAUUCAAGAGUAGCAAAAUAAAGUCUUUCAAGCUAAGCAAAUUGCGGGGUUAUUUUGAUCAGCCGAUUUUCUCAUGCUUUAGUCCCGACUUUUUUGACGAGAAGGAAGUCAGCUCCGAUGAUAACGUGAAAGCUGGUUCCAAAAGGAAUAGAAGUUCUAGAGAGUUUAACAAGUCGAGAUACGAUUUAUCGUAUAAGAAAUACGACCUAAUGAGUGGGGUGCCGAAAUUCCCCAAGCGCAUUUUUUCCGUAAAUGAAAAAGUGGAAUUCCUUUGUCAUGACAGCGGCCUUCGUGGAUGCUGGUUCAGAUGCACGGUCUUAGAGGUCUCUAUGAGACAGAUGAAAAUUCGGUAUGAUGACAUCAUGGAUGAAGAUAGUUGCACUAACCUCGAGGAAUGGAUUCCUGCAAGUAGAGUGGCGAAGACUGAUAAACUAGGUAUGAGGUAUUCUGGGCGCCUGACCGUGAGGCCAGCAUAUCCUUUCAAUGACUUGGUCACUAAAUUUGAAGUCGGACAUUCGGCUGAUGCCUGGUGGAGUGAUGGUUGGUGGGAAGGGGUUAUAUCUGACACGACUGAUGCUAAAAACGGUUCCUAUCAAAUUUACAUCCCAGGUGAAAAUUUGUAUCUGAAUGUUGAUGUAAAUAACCUAAGAGUUUCGAAAGAUUGGGUAGGUGGCGAACAGGGUUGGGUUGUUGUUGAGCCAAACCCUAAUAUUCUUGGCAUUAUAUCUGCAAAUAGUAUGGACUCCAAAGCCGAUGAUAAUUCUCCAUCACCGGAUCAUAAAGUUGAGAAGGAUGGUGAUUUGGCAGGUAUGACAUUGACUAACGUCCCAUUGCAAGACGAAUGCAUCAACAAUGAGAAGGAAAGUAAUCACGUCGAGAAAGACGAGAAUAUGGAUUAUGAGCCAAGUGGCGCAAACAAUUCCCUUUGUAACAACGAAAGUGGGGACCACAACUUAGUGGAUUGUGAGAUUGCCGAGCUGGGAUGUGAAGGGGAAGAAGCUAUGGAGAUCUUGACUAGCCGUUGACGAAAAAAAUCUUGUGGAUUGAGUCUCGCUUAGAUGUGUAUGGUGAUAAUAGGGUUUAUCGGGUUAAGUAGAAAAUAGUUGUAUAUCAAUCAAGUUUAGGUCGCCUCAUGUUUAAAGUUUGGUUUUUUUGGUGUCAUUUCGAUGAUGUACAGGAAUGAUGUUGAAGAUGGCUUCAAAUUGAAGUCAACUCACCUCUCUCUCUGAUUAAACGACGUGAAAGGAAGGACCUUUAUUAACUGUAGGUCCAGCUUAGGGUUUGGAGGUAUUUCUUUCUUCACUCUUUCUAUUGUCAGUCUAUUAUGAGUCUGUAUGCAAUUGUAGCCCUAUGUGUGCUGUAUUGCCAAACAGGAACUACUUAUUGUUAUGAUUUUUAUUUUAGUUUUUUGUACUUGCCUUGCAAUGUGAUACAUUUGUUUGAUCAUGUGAAGUAUCAAGUGUGUUAUUAUAAAUCCCUUGAAUUAUGUUACCAGAAAAUUCUGUGGAUUGAAGA